AAAUUUACUAGCGCCAUCUCUGGAGAGCAUCUUUCGAAACCUCCAGACGAUAGAGAGAGCCUGAAAAAAGAGUUCUAUUGAAUUAUUAAUAUUUUCCCUCAUUUACCCUGUUAUUAAGGUGUUUCCUUAAUAUUUGCCCUUCUGGCACCAUGGACUAUGACUAUCCACCAGAUGCUCCCGAUUAUGAUGACUUGGAAGAUCUCUUGGACGAGCUAGAACAAGAAAAGCAACUUGUGAUCGAUGAUACAGACAUACCUUCAGACAUUGAGGAUGAUGGCCCACUGCCGUCCAUUCCUCCAACACAGGCCACUGCCGCCUCCCAGAGAACUGGGCUGCAGGGCUCAGGAACACAGUCCUCUGGCCGGUCUGCAUACCCAGCGCCCGAAGAUACAACACAUCACAGGGCCACCAACGGUACAGAGGACUCUGCCAAAAGGCGGCUGGAGGAGAGCAUCUUUGGAGACUUGUCAGACCUGGACACUGAGCUUUCACAGCAGACUGCUCCCAAGCGAACGAAGCUCUCGGCUAAACGGACGCCCGACGAUGAGCACUAUGAUGACCUGAUGGAGAGGAUUCGCGCCAGUCGCGCCCUGCCGAAGGCGGAACAGUUCUCCGUCGUAAAUGGUGUCGAGAGGGUACCGGCUCCGGCGGCGAAGCGUACUGUCGAAAUCAGCUCUCGUGUACCGCUCACGGGUGCCUUCCAGAAGCUGACGUUUUCCGACGGUAGUCGGUACUUCCUCACGGUCCGCAGUCGCCAGCCGCAGCCUCUGGCGAACCCCGUGUCCAGCCGCACCAGCCUGCUCUCCAGGCCGCUGCAGGAGCUGAAGGAUGAGGCGCGGCGACUGGAGGAGCGCCGGCAGCGUCUGCUACAGGAGCGUGCUGUGCUGCAGAAGCUGGCCUCCUGGGACACAGACGCCGCCGACUCGGGAGUCGAGUCGGAGGACGAAACUGAGCGGAGCUCUCUGUGGGUGCAGCGCUUCCAGCCGCGUACCUACGUGGAGCUGCUCAGUGACGAGACCAUAAACCGCGGUCUCCUCCACUGGCUGAGGCUAUGGGACAAGGCCGUCUUUGGACGCGACGUCAUCAUAAAGCCGCCAAAGGAGGAGAAGAAAAAGCCAGACGGAAAGUUCAAGCCGUUCGUCCGUAAGCCGGCGUUUGAGAUUGUGGAGGAACUGGACUCGACCAACCGUCCCAAGCAGAAGGUGGCACUGCUCUGCGGCCCGCCCGGUCUCGGCAAGACGACGCUGGCGCACGUGCUGGCCAGGCACGCCGGUUACAGCGUGCUCGAGAUGAACGCCUCAGACGACCGGAGCGUGACGGCGUUCCGGACGGCGCUCGAGUCGGCCACGCAGAUGCGUCCCAUGCUGGGUGCCGACCCGCGGCCCAACUGUCUGGUCAUAGACGAGAUCGACGGCGCUCCGGCGCCGGCCAUCAACCAUCUGGUAGCGGCACUAUCUGCCGGAUCUGGCGACACCUCCUCCAACAAGAAGAAAAAGAAGGAGGGCCCGGCGCCGAUCCACCGGCCUGUGAUCUGUAUCUGUAACGACCCGUAUGUGCCGGCGCUGCGGCCACUGAGGCAGAUGGCGCUGGUCAUGACGUUCCCGCCCACCACCAGCGAGAGACUGGCCAGCCGUCUGGCUGACAUCUGCCGACGGAACGGGCUGAAGACCGAUCUGGGCGCCCUGCUCAGUCUGUGUGAGAAGACGCGAAAUGAUAUCCGCUCCUGCCUCGGAUUCCUGCAGUUUGUCAGGAGUCGUCAGGAGCGGCUAACUCUGGACCAGGUUCAGAGCUCCACGGUCGGCCAGAAAGACCACCACAAGAGCUUAUUUGCCGCCUGGCAGGAGAUCUUCAACAUGCCGCGGCCACAGCGGAAGCACCUGGUGGUAUCGGAGACGGACGGGUCGUCGCGACUGUCGGGCGACGGCACCAGUCUGGCAGAAAGGCUCAGCAAUAUCGUGUCGGUGGUCACCUCCUGUGGUGAACACGAGAAGCUGGCCCAGGGUCUGUUUGAGAAUUACCUCAACAUCAAGAUCAAGGACUCCACCCUGCAGUCGGUGGCUCUGGGUGUCGACUGGCUGUGUUUCGGGGACGAGCUGAACGCCGAGCUGCAACACAGUCAGAACUACGUCCUGCUGCCGUACCAGUCGUACACGGGCGUGGCCUUCCACCUGCUGUUCGCGACGCUGCAGAAGACGCGACCCGCCUUCCCCCAGGCUGACUCUGAGACCCGACAGCGGCACUCCAAGUUGAACAACCUGCUGGCGAGCAUGAUCUCGGAGAUGUCUCCGAGGACACGGUGCUUCAACGGCCGGGCCAGCCUGGUGAAGGACGUGCUGCCCUACCUGCUGCAGGUGGCGGUGCCCAACCUGCGACCGGUGAGCAGUCAGCUGCACACGCCCCGGGAAGAGGAGGAGCUGCGGCGCGUGCUGCACCUGAUGGUGGCCUACAACCUCACCUACCGACAGCAGCGUGACGCAGAGGGACAGUACCAGUACCUGCUCGAGCCAAACAUGGAAGAGCUGGUGUACUUUGGGGACGAGCGUCCGCAGCGAUCGGCGCCGUACACCGUCAAACAGUUAAUCGCACGGGAGAUCGAACUGGAGAAGAUGAGAAGGGCAGAGGCGGCGCUGGUGGGCACUGACGACCGGCGGGGCCGCGGUGUCCGGGAGACUGCCCCACCCCCAGCUCCGGAGCCGGCCGCACCGGCGGCUGAGCCGACCGGCCCGGCGCCGGCCGCGGUCCCUAACCACCUGAGACAGCUGCAGGCCAAGCCGCUGGCCGAGAGGGCCGUGGCUGACGACAAUGUGCUGCCGCGGGAUUUCUUCGGUCGUGUGAUCCAGCCGAAGCCGCAGAAAGAGACUCCCGCAGACGACGAGGCGCCCGACUCUGGCCAUCUUCUCCGCACGGACGUCUGGUACCACUUCAAGGAGGGCUACAACAAUGCCGUCCGGCGCACCGUCCGCGUGCAGGACCUCGCCUGACCGACCCGUCCUGGGUCAGUUGGGGUGGCCCCGCCCGGCGGAGGCGGCGGCGGCACUGUGCCCGUUCGACCCGCCCCGUCCCGUCACGGUUCGUUGUGAAUCGGUCAGUCGGGGCGGCUGGCGCACAGUGGGCCAGGCGCAUCAAAAAAGCGGAAUUAAGUCGAAAAUCAACUUCGGUGAAAUUCCUGUAAUUAUGGGAUAGAGUAUUGUAAAAAUGUCCAAAGUUUCCGAAUAAGCAAGUUUCCUUUCCCCAAUGUCAAGGCAGAUAAUGCUAUAACGUCGCAAAGUAGGACUUACCGACUGGAGAUGGAAAUGACUGCUGUGUACCAUAUUCCGUUCCCCCGAUUCAAAAGCUCUCAGCGUAAAAUCAUUUAAGUUAUUCCGUACAAAAUAGCUUUAAAAAAACAGCCGGUAUUUCUGCGCAUGUUUCUCGUACUCAAGUUCCCGGGAACUAUUUAAUGCUUACUAGUAGCGGUGGGGUUUAUAGUGCCGGUUCGGAACCGUGGUAGUGCAACGACGCAAUGAAUUUAUAUAAGGAUAUAAAGAAAACGUCACCGAACAACACGAAGAUAUUUGCUGCCUGACUUUCCUCAAGGUGUAUAGCUUGCUGCCCAAUGCAAAUAUUUUGCGCAUUUUUGCGCGAAAUGGACAAAUAAAGGUUUAACCCUCGCCGGCAUAGGCCGUUUUGCAUCCCUCGACGGCACAGGGGGAUGCGACACUCCUCGCGUUUGGCCCCUAAUUGAGCUAGAGCCUCGCGGAAAAAACCAUCGUGUAGGUCGUCACGAGACGAAGCCAACGGUACCCGGUUUUAAGGUCAUAGGUCAAAUGGUGACCUCUGAGGUCAGGUCAAUGGCCGAAAGUCUGCUAAGGGGUUUUUCGGGACGCUGAUCACGAAUAUCAUGUUAGUUUUGAUCACAGAUGAUGUCUUCAUGCAUUUAGGCCAGGUCGGGUCAGCUCAGGUCCGGUCAACCAGUAUGGGUCCUGCCGGGUAUUCGUAGUAGGUGUCAACCCGCCUCUGACAGCUUCGUAACAUGUUACGAAGACACCAAAACUACUUCGUAAAUGUUCAAAUGGUUCCUAAAUUCGAAUUCAGCUCCAAAAACUAGCCCAGAAACAUGUAAAACUCGAAAAAGUGAACCGAGGUCAUCGAAGGUCAAUGACCUGACCUGACCUUCAGGUGACCUUUACACCCACCCUAAUGUAUGGGACCAACAUCAUAUCACAUGUUUGAACGCUUGAAACCACGAAAAGACUGCAAACGCGCGGCCAAUGCGGCAUAGUGCCCGCCUGUCCCAGGCAUAUGUGCAGCGCAGAAAUUAAAUAAUGACGUCAUAGGUCAGUGACCUAGCGUAACCAAUCAAAUUUGAAAAUGGAUAUCGGAUUCGGCUUUAGCAUGAUAUUUUACCCUGUAACGAAUCAUUUUUGGCACCGCAGCUGUGCUCAUUGAUUUAAUUCCGCUUUUUUGAAGCGCCUGGCCCACUGUGUGGCGGGAGGACGGGAAGGUGGCCGUCUGGUGCGGGUUGGGGCUCAGUUGUGAGCGUUGCCAGGGGGAUCACUGUAGGGGAGGGCCGAGGGUCACGGGGGAAGGGAUGGAGGCACAGGGGCCGAAUCCCAGCAGCAGCUGUUCAGGCUAGACGUCUUGUAAAAGUGGCAGGAAGUGUCUGAUAUGUGUUGAGUAUGGGAGGGGGAGGGUCGUGAGCUCGUGUUUGAAGUGUCUGAUUCUGCGCCGUCUGGAUUAGGGUGGCUGCUGUGUCGAUACUGAUAGUGCUUUGUUCUAAUGCUGGCCAUCACACUGUGGCUAAUGCAGCCGAUGUCAGAUCUUUCCCCGAAACAGCGAAUCGCGAUGGUUAAACGCUCCGUAAUGGCUACACCCACGAAUGCCAAAUAUUCCCUUCACGUCUUUUGAACUGUGAGGGUUUUCCCGUUGCCUCGUUUAAUGAUGUUUUGAUGAAUAUGUGAAAUACUAGAACUGUUGCUAUUUAGAAUACACCUGUAUUUGUA